UCUCCUUUCCCCAUUUCUUUUCGCAAAGGGUAAAAAGUUUUAAAAUGGCUGCAAACAAGAAACUGCAGAAGACCUACUUUGAUGUGUUGGGUCUGUGCUGCUCCUCUGAGGUUACUCUGGUCGAAAACAUUUUGAAAUCUCUCGAAGGCGUCACAGAAGUAUCUGUAAUUGUUCCUACCAGAACUGUUAUUGUUCUGCAUGACAAUCUACUUGUUUCUCAGCUUCAAAUUGUUAAGGCUUUAAAUCAAGCAAGACUGGAAGCAAAUGUUAGAGCACAUGGGGAGAUUAAGUACCCGAAAAAAUGGCCAAGCCCUUUUGCAGUUGCUUGUGGGUUGCUGCUUUUGUUAUCAUUUUUGAAGUAUGUCUACCAUCCUUUGCAAUGGCUAGCUGUCGGAGCUGUGGUUAUUGGCAUCUGCCCCGUUCUUUUGAAGGGCUAUGCUGCCAUUACCAAUUUCAGGCUCGAUAUCAACGUUCUUAUGCUUAUUGCAGUGAUAGGGAGUGUUGCAAUGAAAGACUACAUUGAAGCUGGCACUAUUGUCUUCUUCUUCACCUCUGCGGAAUGGCUUGAGUCAAGAGCAAGCCAUAAGGCUACUGCUGUUAUGUCAUCAUUGAUGGGUAUAACUCCCCAAAAAGCAGUCAUAGCUGAUACUGGAGAAGAAGUGGAUGCCGAUGAAGUCAAAUUGAACACUGUUCUUGCAGUUAGAGCUGGUGAAGUUAUCCCCAUUGAUGGAAUCGUUGUAGAUGGGGAAUGUGAAGUGGAUGAGAAAAGCCUGACUGGUGAAUCACUUCCAGUCACCAAAGAAAAGGAUUCAACCGUUUGGGCUGGCACCAUCAAUCUAAAUGGUUACAUUAGUGUUAAAACUACUGCUGUAGCUGAAGAUUGUGUAGUGUCUAAAAUGGCAAAGCUGGUGGAGGAAGCUCAAAACAGCAAAUCUGGAACCCAAAGAUUCAUAGACAAAUGUGCCCAGUUCUACACCCCAGUAAUUAUAGUUGUAUCAGCUGCCAUUGCUGUGAUUCCAGCUGCAUUUAGAGCACAUAACCUUCACCACUGGUUUCACUUAGCAUUGGUUGUCUUGGUGAGUGCAUGUCCAUGUGCACUUAUCCUUUCUACGCCUGUUGCAAGUUUUUGUGCACUUACAAAAGCAGCAACAUCAGGACUUCUAGUUAAGGGGGGUGACUAUCUUGAAAUUCUUUCCAAAAUUAAGCUCACAGCAUUUGAUAAAACUGGUACACUUACCCGGGGUGAAUUUGUUGUGACCGAUUUUCGAUCUCUCUCCGAAGAUACAAACUUGAACACAUUGAUUUACUGGGUUUCAAGCAUUGAGAGUAAGUCAAGUCAUCCAAUGGCAGCUGCACUUGUAGAAUAUGGAAGAUCACAUUUAAUCGAACCAAGACCUGAAACUGUGGAGGAUUUUCAAAAUUUCCCCGGAGAAGGUAUUUAUGGGAGAAUUGAUGGCAGACAUAUUUACAUUGGAAGCAGAAAAAUUUCAGUGAGAGCCCAUGGAACAGUUCCAUAUCUAGAAGACAAUAUGAUGGAAGGGAAGACCAUUGGAUAUGUAUUUUCUGGAGCAACCGCUGCUGGGAUCUUCAGUCUCUCAGAUACUUGUCGAACUGGCGUAGCUGAGGCUGUCAAUGAGCUAAAGUCAAUGGGGAUAAAAGCUGCUAUGCUUACAGGAGACAAUCAAGCGGCAGCCAUACACGUACAUGAACAGCUGGGGAAUCUUCUAGAUGUAGUCCAUGCAGAACUUCUUCCUGAAGACAAGGCAAGAAUAAUCAAAGAGUUUAAGAAAGAAGGUCCAACGGCAAUGAUUGGAGAUGGCGUCAAUGAUGCACCUGCACUUGCCACAGCUGAUAUUGGUAUCUCAAUGGGUAUUUCUGGUUCAGCACUUGCAACUGAGACAGGGCAUGUGAUUCUCAUGUCAAAUGAUAUUAGAAAGAUACCAAAAGCUAUCCAACUCGCGAGAAAGGCUCAUAGGAAAGUAAUUGAAAAUGUCAUUUUGUCAAUCAGUACUAAGGUCGCUAUUCUUGCUUUGGCCUUCGCUGGUCAUCCACUUGUGUGGGCGGCAGUUCUUGCUGAUGUUGGCACAUGCUUGUUGGUAAUCUGUAAUAGCAUGCUGCUUUUGCAAGGAACACACAAACAUGGAGGAAAGUGUGGCAAAUCAUCAGCUGCAUCUCAUACAGAUAAACAAGGAUGCAAAACCAGUCAUAACCAUCAACAUGCAAGUACAGACAAAAAGGUCCAAAGGGCAUGUGAGCCCCAACAAUGUUUGUCCAGGACGUGUGCCUCAAAAUGUCAAUCUGGCCCUUUCAAUCCAGACUCAGGAAGGACACACGAUGUCUCUGUUAAUCAUGAAGCAAAGCACUGCGACCAGGGAAGCUGUAACCUGGUCAAUCAGAAGAUUGACACCGACAAUUUGCCCGGCAUGUUUUGUUCAGGCCAUCGUAGGUUAGGCUUGGGCACAGAACCUAAAGAUCUCCAUGGGGCAAACCACUGCCACCAGGGGCAUUCACGUCAUUCAUCUAGUCCAGAUGAAGAAGACCAAAUAGAGACAAAAAAUGACCGUUGUCUUUCCAUUCAUUGUGAUGAGAACCAUGUCAAGAACCAUACUAACCUUAAAGCUUUAGGAAACUUGGUAGAGCAUAAUUUUUUGGAGAGCCUAAAUCCAAAGGCUCAUCCUAGUUCACACAAGUGCUGUAAAGACUAUAGUGAGCCACCUCACACUGCCAUAGACAUUCCAAUGAAUUUUGACCAAGAGGCUAUGCCUAGUUGUACGAGUCUGGGGAAGAGAGAACUUGGUGGUUGUUGUAAGAGCUAUGUGAAAGAAUGUUGUGGUAAACAUGGACAUUUUAAACCUGCCUUUGGAGGAGGUUUAACAGAAAUGGUUACUGAAUAGAAAUUUUCAACUUUCAUAGAAACUGUGAUCUUCAGAUGUUUGGGGUUCUAGAAUAAAGGA